GAAGUUAGCCUUUCAUUCACUUCAGAACCAUUGGUUCAUUUUUUGGCAGCUUGACACUGAGCUGCUUUGUGUUGUGAUCAUCUGUAUUUCUUAACAUAGAACAAUUUUUUAUGGCUGACAGUUUCCUGUCCAACAGCCAAGCCUAAUUACGAAGGUACUUUUUGCCAUCCAUUCCUGUACUGCUGGGUGCCAGGUGUCAGUAUGGAUGAAGAAGCGCUUGAGGCAGCCAUCACUACCUAUGGAGUUCAGUUGCAGCAGGUCGAGAUGGCCCUGUCGACUGGAUUGGACCCCUCCCAGCAGUCAGACCUGCUCAAACUAAAAGAAGACCUUUGCCAGCUCAUAGAGCUUACUGAGUCCAGCUUGGUGUCUGUCAAAAAGAGUCAACUUCUGGCCAGCCUUGAGGACUACAGGGACCUGCAGGCAAACACUUCAGAGGCAGCAGCUGACGCAGAAAGUGAAAACAGCGGUUUGGACCCAGAAUUUGCUGCUUUUUACUCUGAAGUGGGGGAGUCUUCGGGUAGUAGCUCUGAUGCCAGAGAGAGGGACAACAAGGGGGACAGUAGAUUAGAAGAGGAGGAAGAAGAAGAAGAUGCACUUAGUGGUAGUAAAGUCAGAGCACCCUACCGGACAACAUGGGGCACACUAGAGUAUCACAAUGCCAUGGUAGUGGGAGCAGAACCACCAGAUGGAGAAGAGGCACAAGUAAGAGUGCUCUAUGUCUACCCCACCCAAAAGUCUAUGAAACCCUGUCCAUUCUACUUAGAGGAUAAAUGUCGCUUCCAGGAUAAUUGCAGGUUCUCCCAUGGGGAAGUGGUGCACUUGUCAGAGCUCAGAGACUUUGUGGAGAGUGACCUCAGCAAUCUUGAAGAAGGCUCGUCCUGCUUGGCUCGACAUGAGGACGGCAUCUGGUACCCUGCCAAAAUCAAAGAUAUAGAUGGUGGAUUCUACACUGUGAAGUUUGACUCACUGCUGAUGAAAGACGCUGUGGUCGAGGCAGACAGCAUUAUCCCGCCAUUAAGAGAAGAUGACCCGCUGUCCUCUGACUCUGAACCUGACGACAACGGACAUGAUGUAGCUUAUGCCAAAGUUAUGGACUCUUCUGUAGAUACCACUGUUUUUGGUGGCUGGGAGGCACAUACCAGAUGCAUGGGCUCCAAGCUUAUGUUGAAAAUGGGCUAUGAACAUGGGAAAGGCUUGGGAAAGAGGCAAGACGGGCGAGUAGAGCCAAUUAUGGCAGUGGUCCUAGCCAAAGGCAAUUCUCUGGACCAGUGUGCUGAGUUAACCCAUAGACGCACACAGAGCAAGGCCGCAAAGAAUGGCACACUAACAGGCCUCCCAAGGAAACGCAAAAAGCCUCGGGCGGCCACAGGGAGGCGCCGUACCGUCUUUGACUUUCUCAACCACAAGCUAGGAGGCAAGAGCACUGAUCCUGCUGAGGGGGGAGCCGCUGUGCCAUCAGCACCAAUUGGGGUGGAGGCUUACAGGGGAGGGCAAAGCACCAAGAGGAAUCUGAAUGUGAAGCUGUACCAGGCUGCUCAGAGGGUGUCCCAGACAGAGAGGGAGAUCCAGAAUCUGACUAAGUCACUCAGCCGGCAAACAACCAGGGAUGCAGCCAUAGUGAAGAGGCUGGAAGAGAAGCUGUCAGCAGCCCGCCAGCUGCUGGCUGAGCAGAAAGCCCAGGAGCUGUCCAUCCAGAAAGCACACAAGAAGGUUGACACACACAAGAAGAUGACUGAGUUCUAAGUCCAGUUCUCUCAGAGACUUGGAGGAUAAAGGGAAGCACUGCUUGCCUGAAGUGAGCUUUCGUCCCUUGCUUGUUGUCAGUUAUUUCCUAUACUGUAUUUUUAAGAUAGUUUUAGCAUUAUUUCUCACCACGUUAUGGAUUUGAGCUGGCUGUCAUGAAGACUGGAACAUACACUGAAGAGUUUGAUUUUAAAUGGUACAGUUGACAGUGAUGUUAAAAGCAGAUUAUUAUUUCUAACGAACAUUUUGUCUGUAUUUUUCUUUACACGCACUAAAAAUAUGUAUUUGGAGACACUACUGUGCAUUUUUCUUUCUUUUUACCAAACACCUUUACACAAAUACAGUGUAAAGAAGUUUCAUUAAGAUAAGAUGAACCUUUAUGAGUUCCACAACGGGAAAUUCACAAAGGGAUAGAAACAAGGCAUCAGUGUUACAAACAGAAAAGUAACAGAUAAGGUAUU